AUGUUCCGUUAAGUAUCUUUGAAGUUAUUUCCUGUUGCAAAAUACAAUCGUUUCCUGAGAGAAAUGCAAACCCACAUUUUUGGUGUGUGCCUGUGCACACAAGCAUGCGCCUUAUAAAGACAGAGGCAGAGCACGAGCACCGGAUCAGAAAGGUUAGAGGUGAGACGGAGUGCCUGUCAGCUCUCAACCUUAAUCUAACGGCAAAAGAAAAUAAAAAUCCAUAAGAUCUGAAGUAAAGAUUCUCUGGACACAUAUUGAGAAGCAAACCUGGAAAAAACAGUUUUACUUGUGCAGCUUUAUGGUGUAGGAGAGAAAAAGUCUCACCUGCAGUAAGAAAGCAGACAGAAAGGAGAAGGGCACUUAGGAAAAGGCCCCCCCAGAGGAAGGCAUUGAUGGAGAACCUGGCUGUCUACCACGGACCCAUCGGCAAGGAGGAAGGCGAGAGGCGGCUGGGCCAGGACGGCAGAGACGGCUGCUAUCUUGUGCGUGACAGUGACUCUGUGCCGGGAGUCUUCUGCCUCUGUGUGCUGUGCAAAGGAUACGUCUACACAUACAGACUCCAUAAGGACGAAGCAGGAUCCUGGGCUGCAGAAACGACUCCUGGUGUGCCGAAGCGAUAUUUCCGGCACAUCAAGAAUCUGAUAGCAGCCUUCCAGAAGCGGGGACAAGGAAUUGCCAUGCCUCUGCUGUAUCCUGUCACGGCUCAGAGACGAGCACAGACCCACACAGAGCCACAGGCGCCCGGGGACGGCCUUUCGCCCAAGCUGGGCAGCCACAGCCCCAACCUGCAGCAGCUGAAGACGCCUGUGGCUCAGGGACAGAAAAACAGGAGCAGAUAGAGGAGGCACAAGCUUUGGUUAGAGGGUCAAACCCGAGCAUCAUGCUCCUCAUUAUGAACACUGCAUGAUCCGCACUGUUUGUCAAACUUUUCAGAGGAAAUGUCAUUUUUUUUCUGUCAGUAUUUUUUGCAUAUGCUGCACAGUAAGCGCUCCAUGUGAAAUAUGUGAACUGCUGAAACAUUCAUACCUAUUACUGCAUACAUAAGAUGACAACAAAUAUUGUGCUGUUUCCAUAAUGCAAUAGAAGCCAUAGAGUGGCAAAGAAAAUAAAUGGUUUUGUCUGAAAGAAGCUUUCUUAAAUAAGGUGAUGCUUACACAGCUGAAGCUCAGACUGACAUAAUGUGGAGGAGAAAAUGCUAUUGGACGUAUGAAACCAUGACUG